AGAGAGGAAAGCAAACAAUUUUCAGGCCCGCCGCGUCUAGCAAAAAAUAUGAGAAAAAAAUUAUUAAAAAUUCGGAAAAUAGUUGAAAGUGAAGAAAAACCCAACAGAAAGGAUGUCAAAGCGACUGGGGCCCCUGACUCCGGGCGGUGUUGAGCACAUAAAACUGGAUAGAAUAAUUGCAUCAGUACUAGUUGGGCACUGCGCCCCAGUCCAUGUAGCUGGUCAGCCUUAGAGUGCCAUGGCCACAGGAACCCACGGCCACCGUGACCACAUCCUGGAGAGAGCCAAGCUUGCAGCGCCCACAGGGAGGCGCAGGAGAGCAGAGGGGAAGCCGAAAAAGAAUUUCCCUUGCCUGGAGUGUCAGAAAGCUUUCAACAGUCUGGAGAAGUUGAAGGUGCACUCGUACUCUCACACAGGAGAAAGACCCUACCGCUGCUCCCACCCCGAAUGCACCAAGGCAUUCGUCUCCAAAUACAAGCUGCUACGGCAUAUGGCAACUCACUCGCCAGAAAAAAACCACAAGUGUUCAUACUGUGAGAAAAUGUUCCACCGCAAGGAUCACUUAAAGAAUCACCUACACACUCACGACCCCUACAAGGAGGCAUUCACCUGUCAGGAGUGUGGCAAGAGCUACAACACCAAGCUGGGCUUCAAACGCCACCUCGCCCUCCACGCCGCCAACAGUGGAGACCUCACCUGCCAAGUAUGCCUGCAGCCAUUCCCCAGCACUGGGGUUCUUCUGGAACACCUCAAAACACACGCUGGCAAGUCCUCUGGUGGGACCAAAGAGAAAAAGCAUCGCUGCGAGCACUGUGAGCGCCGAUUUUACACCCGUAAAGAUGUGCGACGCCACAUGGUGGUGCACACCGGACGCAAGGACUUCCUCUGUCAGUACUGUGCCCAGCGCUUCGGUAGGAAGGACCACCUGACACGUCACGUAAAGAAGAGCCACGCUCGGGAGCUGCUGAGGGUAAAAAGUGAGCCAGCUGAUUCGCUGGAGCCCGUUGUCUAUGACCUGCCGUCUGGGGGCAUCAAGGGCGAGGUCCCGGGAAUGCUGACACCAAGGCUCAACAUGUACACAGGCCCCAUCCUGGACACGGAGCCCUUCCCCACCACCACACACCCUUUUUCUUUUAAGUACCCACUGGGUUCCAACUUUACCUCAUACACCGUUUCCUCACAGGAGCGGGAGCAGAAUCUAAAGGGAGAACUGGAGACCUACCUGAUGGAGCUACAGAGCAGCAUGCCCUCCUCAUCUUCUGCAGCCCAAGAACCCCAACUCUCCUCCUCCAAACUCGAGUUGGAGCCUCAAGUGGGCGUGCUGGAGGAAGCGAGCGAUGGGGUGUCUCUGUCUAAAAUGUCUACACCGAUGGCAGCAGCCACCGCAGGCGACUCUCUGGCAUCUUCGUCUUCUCUGAUGGACUUCUCACAGCUCUUCAACUUCCUGCCACUCAACGGGCCCCCGUACAACCAGGCAGGGGGCAGCGGGGGGCAGGGCAUUGCCUAUCCACCCAAUGAAGUGCCCACACCUCUCGUCCAGCUGCCCCUCCAGCCUCCAGAAGGCCCAGAGGCUGCAGAGAGUCCGCUUCAAAGGCUCCCCUCCUCCUUCAUAUCCAACCUGAGCACACCCACCACACUGCCCCGCUUCCACCAAGCUUUUCAGUGAUCCAGUAUGUACUGCGCAUGGCACACAUGCACUCUAACACACGCAUAGUGACACACAUGUUGAGCUACACAACCUCCCCAGCAGACACCAACAAGAUGCUAGCAAUACAUGUUUGAAGAUAUAAGCACUUCUGUCCAUUGAAUGACAACAUGAGCAGAUAUAAACACAUGCAGCAAACACAUAAUGAUCAGCACUGAGAGCAGCACACACACACACACGGUUUGGCUCAAUCAGCUUUCUAAUUGCUACUGUUGAGAUGUGUUCUUUUCACCUAAUAAGCUUUUAAUUGACGAGUUGGCAAAUCUUCUCCACCUCUACUCCCUUAUGACAGGUUCACUUAAUAGCAGAACAAUUAUUUUCUUGUGCUGUGUGGGUAUGCAAAUACAAUACCCAAUUUCUCAAUCUUGUUCUAUGUACAAGUUUUGUAACCUAACAUUAGCUGAUGUGAUUACCAAGAGAAAUUACUUUUUCAAAGAGAACAUUUUUCAUAAACACCUUUUAACUGAGCACAAGCAGUAGAAUUCACUGCAAACACGCCACAUUCACAUUAAUGGAGCAAAAACAUUUUUUCCGCAAUAAUGUAAAGGUGGCUUAACUGUGACUGUGAGAGCUGUGUCACUUUAAACAUGAAUUCUUUUGAGAGUUGGAGAAUUUCCAUAUAGAUGAAUACUAAUAGUAAUUAGAUUGCAGUGACUUAUUCUUUCCUUUACUUAACCCCCGUGCUUUGAAUAGAUAGUCCUAAGGAAGCAGUUUUUGCGAUUGAUACAGCACUUUGAACAUUGUGAUGUCGUCUGUCAUCGCAGUUGACCUUUGUUUUAUCUCUUUCUUAUUUGUGGUAGGGACCAAACAGUAGUUUGGGUAUGUUUUCGAUAUUUGGGAAAAUUCAAUAUAAAUUUGUCAAACAUACUUUUAAGGAUUUUUAUCAGAAAGUGAAUUUAGUAAAUAGGUUAAAACAUUGAUCUGGUUCUUUUGAUCAAUCCAUAAAGCAGAAGUUCAUUGACAUGAUUAUAGACAAGGGAACUACUGAGCAACAGUAUCACAGUGAAACAUUUCAUUGGUUGGUCAAGUUUGAUCUUAAUUCUGCAACAGUGGGGGCUUUUUCAAUGAGAGCUUACACGUCUUUGGAGUUUCUUAGUUAUCACCCAACACCAAACCAAAGACUGCCCAACCCACUGCUGCAACAUUACUGUCGACUGUUCAGGUAUUAGUGUUUUUCAACAUAGAGACUUAAUUGACACCAAAGGCUGUCAAUCUCUAAUUUCGCCCCUAAACACCCUCUCCACCACAAACGCACAGCAUCCCCACCAACAAGGCAUCUGGAUGUCUUAUAACUGCGAUUCCACACAAACACACCUAGACAUCACUGUUGAUGAGCCUUACCCAGCGAGCUCGCUGAAAUGAUGCCUGUCAACCUCGCAGUGGAGUUCUCUUUACUUAAGGCUCAGUGUGUCAUUUCUGAUGGUUUUGCUACUGAGCUGUUGCACUCUCCUCUUGCUUGUGCCUUAUUUUUUAUCAUCAAACUUUUUCGGUGGGAGUAGAUGACACUGUUUGUGACUGAAACAAAAAAUAUUAGUUGUUGAUUGAAUGCAGAAAGCUGAUUUAACAUCCGGAAAUUAUUACUUUUGAAGUGUUUAUAUGGUACCUAGUACCAUUUUAUUUCAUGUGUCAUAAAAGGUCGUUGCAGUGGUGGUAUAAAAAAGUGAACCAUAAAAAUUCAAAUUGGGAUCUUUAAAACUGAUUGGAAACUUGUUUCAAAAAGAUUCUCCAUAGUUUUAUUAAUAUUUUAAUGACGUGUUAUCAUCUAGGAUGAUCUACUCAAAUUUAAACAUUUACUAGUUAAGAAAACAAAGUUUUACAACGCACACCACCAAUAUGCGCAUUCAAAGCGAAAAUAGCAUUUGUCAGAUUAAUGGCAAAUACAACGUGCUACAAAGGUGCUCUGUUUACUGAAUAUUCCAGCCACUCUCUGUCUUUGAACCCAGACCAAGGUACAACAGUAAUAUCAAACUGUUCAGAUAAAUGACACAGCCCCGGUCACAGCUGGACUCGCUUCACAUUUUAGCUACAUAGAAAGUUAUCUGGACAGUGUUGUUUGCUAGCACAUAGCCUAUAUAACAUUAAAACACAUAUCAACAAACAUUAUUAUUCUAAAAAGUGAAAUGAUUUCUUUAAGGAGUUGUCUGUGCUUGAUGGAGAAUACUUUAAUUAAAAUCAAUUCCUAAAAGUAUUUCGAGAAUGUUUCAGCCAGUAAACUCUUUAUCUAGACAGUAAUCUGGCACAAUGUUGGCUACGAAACACGCUGCUGUCGCUCCGCUCUUUCAUUUAGUUUUGUGAUCUUCGAAGCAUGCAGAUUUACUUGAGCUGUCGUCCCUUCAACCUCCCUUGUCUCAGCACUUCCUCUCCUCCUCUCUCACACGUUACUAUCUUACUCUCCUUGCUGUGUAUCCUCUUCCCUUGCUAUAGCUAAAUGCAAAAAAAGUAUUUUCUGGCAUGCAUUUCCAAAUGAUACAUUGGUUGUUGUUCAAAUAUACUGAUUAUUUUGGUAACUAUAAAACAUACGACAGCCCCAGUUAAAUAGACAACCUGCUGCCCAUCACAUGAUUGCAUUAAUUAAACAAGAGAUAUUCUAAAGUGUUGCUAUACCACAAUGCUGACAUGGCUUUUCUCUUUUUGCCCUUUAUAGAAUCAGCUGGCGAAAGUUUAUGAAAGCUAGCAUUAGCUUUGAGUACAGCACGCUAUAUAAUUAGUUAAAUUGGUUUACCAUUUUAACAAAGAUGUGAAAAUGGUAAAAGGGACAAAUGCCUACCUCGAAAAUAAUGGCAAGUGUUUUUUCUGCACUUGAUUGAAAUAUACCAAGCAACAAAGGUUUACCGACCUUGUGCUCCAAUGUCCUGUGUCUGGAACAAACCUGGGCAAAUCAGCUGGCACACUAUCUUCUGCCAGUAGGUCAGUUUCAGACAAGGAUUUAUAUCUGAAAUAUUUGAUAUAAAAUACAAAACAAUUUCUAUCCAAUCCAUCAAGAACAAAGUACAAAAAUCCUAAUUACCUAAUUAAUAGUAUUUAAAUACAUUCAUCUGAAAUAAUACCUAUCCCUGAAUCUAUAUGAAGUCAAUGUAACAUUUUGUAAAAUCUACCCAGAUAGUCUGAGAAGUGUCCAAUAGAAUGGAGGUGAAAGGUUCUCAAAGUUCUGAACAAUUCAUUCCAGUAUCUUCACACUUAGAAACGGAUUUUUUUCCAUGUUAGAUGAUUCAUCCAGUGCCAAUACAGGAAGUAGUGUGCCCUGUAUGUUGAGCAACAACUUGGAUUAGCAUGUAGCUUGUCUGACAGGACACAGGAGCUUGAGUUCUAUCACAGACAAGCAAGAGGCCUUUUAAUUAAAGUGCCCAUGUUCUAACCUUGAGCAGCCUCGCAGAGAGAAUAAUUUAAAAAAAGCAUUAGAUGUUAAAAAAAAAAUCAUUGGAUGUGAUCUGGGGUUUCACAGAAUCGAAUAAUAUCAGCAGUCUUGUCAGCUUUAGGAUUGGGAAAAUGACAUGAAAAAAAAACCAACACUAACGUAUCGGAUAAUCAGUAUCAUAUAAAUAACCGUUUUCAUUUACAAAAAUGUCAGUUAUCAGUGACAACUACUGGCACUCCAUUAACAUUAGAAAAACAUGCUGCGGUUGAAUUUCUCAAAUUGUUUAAAAGUUUUGACUGCUCCAUAAAGCAAAUCAUAUGUACCUCCAUUGUACUGGUGUAGCCAUACAAAUGAAACCAAAACUAUCUUCAUACCACUUGAGGGAAUGGAACAAAAAAAAAAACAUACAAAAUUGAAAUACAAUCAAUCUUUUUUGAAGGACACGAUGUUUUAGUGUGAAAACAUUUGUGAUUCUUAUCAUACAAAUUAUUUUUUCUCUUUUCUUCCUCUUCCAACCCAACCAUCAAGAGGAAUGCUUCUCAGCAUUUUCUGAGGCUUUUGUUCAUUGAGAGCUUCAGUUGUGUGUAGCAAGGCUCCACUCAGCAUGGCAUUUACUGCUAACCAAACAGCUCACAAGUAGGGAGGAGAAUCAGUGCCUCAAUCAGUCCACACAGACCGUACAGCAUGAAGUCAUGCACACCAGUCAGGAUGAAAUCAUACAUUGUAAUCAGAAGUUGUGCCUUAUUUUCAUGCAAUACACAUAACAGAUCAGUUGUUUGGUCUGAUUCAAAGAUGAAAAAAUGGAACAAAUACUGGCUGCUUUGGAUCAGAUGCUCAUCCGUGACAGGUCCAUGACAGAAACAUUUCACACGGUUCCAGCAUUUCCUCAGACAUGUGCUGAAUGAGUCACAAAACAUCUAUAGUUUUUGAAUGUUCAUUAAAAACAUGUAGAGAUUAGAUACAGAAUACAUCUGUGAUAACAAAUGGGCUAUUAGCAGAGAUAUUUUUACUAACACAAUGCCAAGUGAAUCAUAGUAAACUAGAGUUAGUACUUGUGCUUUGACAUGACACAAGCAACUGUCAUUACCUCUUUUGGCAGUUACUCAGUUUGGUUUAGCCUCAUUUGUGACCUCAGCACCCCCACUAAGGGUUGCAUUCCCUCUGCAAACCUUAGUGGAAAAUCCAAAACUUUCUCUAUUUCUCAUUCUGCGCUGACGAUAAAGAUCUGUGAGAUGAUCACAAAAAUACAUUCAAAGUUGACACCUGCUGCUGGAAAAGACAUUUCAUUUAUCUUUUCACGCAUUUUUCCAAUACGGUUUGUGUAUUAAAUCCAAAUCCUGAUCUAACAUACAGGAUACUAUGGAAACAAAGCGGGCUGUCUUCGGGUUAGUUGUCCCACUCCAACAGCUAAUGCUAGAGUUUAUGACUGUAGUCUAGUUUCUAAAUAAUCUAGAGCUAGCGACCAUUAGCCAGCAAAGUAGGGCUGGGUAUCAACUGAAAUAUGUGCUGAUCAAAGGUGUGAUCAGAUCCACAACCUUGUUGAUUUCUUCUUUGUCCCAAUAGUUUCUGUUUUAAAUCCAUAUUUUGAUUAAAAGCUGAGGGCAAACAGACACCUAUUCUAGUCGCUGGCAUACAUUAAAGAAACAAAUCAAUGGGAAAGAUCCACACUCAUAACUCGGCCAAUUCUAGACUGUAUUUUACUUUUACAAAGUCCAUGUUCGGCUGCUUAUCUUUGGAAAACAUUUGGCUUUUAAAAUUCAUCAUGUCAAGUGAAUAAACUCAUAAAAACUCAAUCUGCUGAUGAAGGCCGUGAGAUGCAGUUUAAAGGGCAGCACAGAAUAGGGAACACUAUUUUGUCAAACUACUGUUCCCUUGGAAUAUUGUUUUGUUUACAGUAUCAAAACUCUGGUAUCACACUGACACAUAUUAAAAAAUAUCAAUCAAUAACCAGCCCUAUCGUGAUGAUAGCUGAUUUAUAUCAUUUCAUAAAAGAAAGAUGACAUAUUUCAUCUGUAGAACAGACAUCAUUUUGGACACUUUCAAGAGACAUUGGACUGCACACAGAUGUGGCAUAAAUGUGAACUUAACAACCUGGACCCUUUCUCUUCCACCACAGCAGUUAUCAGAUGGUGCAUCCUAGUUCCAUGAAAUGUUUGAUGCAUAUAUAUAACCCAAUAGUAUUAUCAUUUACCUCACAUAGUCGUAUUGUUUUUGUGCUCUGAAAUUCAAAAAUAGAAGUGUUAAAUACUCCAUUUCCCCUGAUGAGACAUGAAUGGACACAAUAUUGUUCUUAGUUAUGUGAAAUGUAGAGUUGAAUGUGUGAUAUUUCAAAGCAUUUAUGGAAGUUUGCUAUUUGUAUCUUGUGAAGGUUUGUGGUUUUACAAGAAAUGUUAGCGAGCCGCUUUUUUUUUUUAUUUUUUAUCAUAGCACUUUUUGUAAAUUGAAUACCUUUUAUUUCCU